AUGGCUGUUCAGACGGGCAUUGAGGCCGCUUUGGCCAAGAUUAUGGAGGUUGUGCAGAAGCAGAAUGAGGAAAUGUCAGAGCUGCGCCAGGAGUGCUCGCAGUUGCGACAGUCCAACACGGAGAUUUCGCAACUUCUCAGAGAGACCAUCUUGGAUCGCCGGGACAGCUCCGGUCUGGGCCUCUUCACCCCGGGCGCCGACAGCGCCCUUCGAUCCUUCAGCCCUCACCCCAUGCCCAAGCUGUCGCCCGCCAUGCGAUACAUUCCUCCUCCCUCGCCGAGCCCGCAGCUCACCGUCCCCGCCAUGGACCGCGAGAUCCCCGGCUUCUACGUCAUCAUCCCGGCCGGCGGUGCUGGAACACGUCUCUGGCCCCUGUCCCGCGAAAACCACCCCAAGUUCCUGCUGGACAUUGAUCUUUCCGGACGCAGCUUGCUCCAGUCCACAUGGAACCGUCUCGUGCCGCUCGCCGGCUGCUCCCGCAUGACUGUCGUCGCCGGACCAAGCCACUCCGAGUCCAUCCAGAAGCAACUGCCCCAGCUCGAGGCGUCCAACCUGUUCACCGAGCCGGGGCCCAAGGACUCCAUGGCCGCCAUUGGCCUGGCCGCGGCCAUCCUCCAGCACAGAGACGGGGAUGCCGUCAUCGGGUCGUUUGCCGCCGAUCACAUGAUUGCCGGCGAGGAUGCCUUCCUCAACUCCGUCACCGAAGCCGUCAAGGUCGCCAAGGAAGGGUUCCUCGUCACCAUCGGCAUCGCCCCGUCUCACCCUGCCACCGGCUUCGGCUACGUCAAGCUCGGAGACAAGUUGGACGUGCCAAACGCGCCUUCGGCUCGCCUGGUCAGCUCCUUCAAGGAGAAGCCCGACGCGUACACGGCCGCCAAGUACGUCUCGUCCGGCAUCUACCGCUGGAACGCCGGCAUGUUUGUGACCAAGGCCUCCACCCUGAUGAGCCUGGUCAAGGAGUACGAACCCGAGCUGCACGCCAACUUGACGCGAAUCGCGGAAGCUUGGGAGGACAAGGCGCAGCGGGACGCUCUCCUGACCGAGGUGUGGCCGACCCUGGAGAAGGUGGCCAUUGACAAUGCCAUUGCGGAGCCUGCUGCCGCUGAGGGCAGGGUUGCCGUGAUUCCCGCUACUUUUGGUUGGGAUGACGUUGGUGAUUUCUCCUCGCUUGCCGAGAUGCUUCCUGCAGAGGCCAACUCGCCCAAAAUCCUGGGCGACCGCAAUCUCGUCGUUGCCCAGCAAGCACCUGGUGGUAUCGUCGUCCCCGGAUCCGGCCGCCUCGUUGCCUGUCUCGGUGUGGACGACCUCGUCAUCGUCGAUGUUCCUGAUGCCCUCAUGGUCACUACUCGUGCCCGUGCCCAGGAAGUCAAGUCUCUUGUUGCUAGCUGCCGCAAGGCCGGCUUCAAGAAUCUCAUGUGA